UCUUUCUUUCUUUCUUUCUUUCUUUCUUUCUUUCUUUCUUUCUUUCUUUCUUUCUUUCUUUCUUUCUUUCUUUCUUUCUCCAUGCCACACUAUUGCCUGCUUUCCAAAGUCUUCCUCCCCCCACCCCCCACCGGCAGAGAAAGGCAUCUCUGCUCAAAGCCUGAGCAGAAUGAUAAUGCCCAGAUCCCUGACCUCUGGGCUGCAGCGGCAGCUGCCGCUUCUCUUGUUUGCUUCCAGAGACUUGGCUGCAUGUCAGAGAGAGUCCCAGUCUCGGCUGGUCCCACCCUACAGGCCUGCCUCUCUCUCCUCUCAUUGGCGUGAUUCUCUUUCAGUCUAGCCAGUGUUUCCUGGAUAAGACAUGGCUGCAGAGGGAGAGGAGAGAAGUGCAAGAGCAGCAGCAGCCGUGAGCCCUGCGGAUCAUGAGCGGUGCAGCCAUGGAGGGAACCAGACAGGCAAGAAUUUCUCGUCCUCACAAGAUAAGUGAAACUUCAAAGGUGUACAAAUGGGCUGACCACUCCAAACUAGUUCUCCAGAGCUUGAACGAACAGAGGCACCAGGGACUCUUCUGUGACAUCGUCCUGGUAGCGGAAGAGCAGAGAGUUCCUGCCCACCGGAACAUUCUAGCGGUCUGCAGCGACUACUUCAACUCCAUGUUCACCAUUGGCAUGAGAGAGGCCUAUCAGAAGGAGGUUGAGCUCUUUGGAGCCUCGUACAUAGGCCUCAAAGCCAUCGUGGACUUCCUUUAUGGCUGUGAUCUGUCCCUGGACGGGGGGAAUAUUGACUACAUUUUGGAAAUGGCUCACCUGUUGCAAAUCUGGAAGGUCGUUGACUUCUGCUGUGAGUACCUGGAGAAUGAAGUCAAUGAGGAGAAUUACCUGUACCUCCAAGAACUGGCUUCCAUCUACAACCUCAGGCGCCUGGACUCCUACAUUGACAGUUUCAUCUUGAGGAACUUUGGCACGCUGUCCUUCACGUCGGAUUUCCUGCAGAACAUUUCCAUCCAGAAGCUGUGCCAGUACCUCGAGAGCAACGACGUUCAACAGGAAUGCGAGCAUGACUUGCUGCAGGCCGCCUUGCAGUGGGUGACGCAGUACCCGGAAAGGGAAACCGAGGCCUACCAGGUCUUGGAAAACAUCCACUUCCCCUUGAUCCCCAAAAGUGACCUUCUGCACCGCGUGAAGCCGGCCAUCUGCUCUCUCAUCCCCAAGGAGAGCAACUGCGAGGGCUUCGUCGAAGAAGCUGUCCACUACCACAACCAAAUCGCAGCCCAACCGGUCCUGCAGAACAAGAGGACCGUUCUCCGCGCGAGCGAAGAGAAGCUGCUCUUUGUGGGCGGGGAGGUGUCGGAACAUUGCUUGGAGCUGAGCGACGACACCUGCUUCCUAGACUGCAAAAUGGGGCAGUGGGUGAGGGAGACCCACCUCCCGGCCAGGCGGAGUCACCAUUGCGCCGUGGUGCUCGGAGGGUUCAUUUUCGUCGCCGGCGGCAGUUUUUCUCGAGACAAUGGGGGUGACGCGGCUUCCAAUCUUCUAUAUAGGUAUGACCCUCGGUGUAACCAAUGGAUAAAGCUGGCUUCCAUGAGGCAACGUCGGGUGGAUUUCUAUCUGGCUGCCGUAAAAAGUAUGCUUGUGGCGAUUGGUGGAAGGAACGAAAAUGGAGCGCUCUCCUCUGUGGAGAUCUACAGUCCUGAGAAAGAUGAUUGGGUGUAUGUCGCCGGCCUGCCAAGGUUUACCUAUGGCCAUGCUGGAGCGGUCCACGAUGAAUUUGUUUAUAUCUCGGGGGGCCACGAUUAUCAAAUUGGUCCCUAUAGGAAAAACUUGCUCUGCUACGAUCAUCACAUGGAUGUAUGGGAAGAGAAGCGGCCCAUGAUCACCGCCCGGGGCUGGCACAGCAUGUGUACCUUGGAGGAUAACAUUUACUCCAUCGGCGGCAGCGACGACUACCUAGAAACCAUGACUCGCUUUGACAUUUUGGCUGUGGAAUCGUACAGUCCGCAAUGCAAUCAGUGGACCCGGGUGUCUUCUUUGCUGGCAGCAAACAGCGAAUCUGGAGUGGCUGUUUGGGACGGCAAGAUUUACAUCCUUGGAGGGUACAGUUGGGAGGACACUGUCUUCUCCAGGAUUGUCCAGGUGUAUGACAAAGAGAACAAUAAGUGGCAGAAAGGGCCAGACCUUCCGAAAGCCAUUGCUGGGGUUUCUGCAUGUGUGUGUGUGUUAAAAUCGAGGUCGGACGACAAAAAGAAGAAAGCCAAAAGCAAACGCCAUCCAGAUCAAGGAAGAUGAUGGCUCACCCUCGGACGAGGCCUAUGUACACAUCCUCUACUGAAUUAAUACAUUUCCCCCUUUUUCUUUCUUAACUUUUGAGAACAGCUUUGGGGAACUACAGGAGAGGUUCUGCAAAGGUUUCUUUGUCCGCCAGGCUGGUGAAUAUCCUAUGCCAAAUGUUACUGCAGUCCAAGCAAGAAGAAUAGUUGCUACCAAAACAUCUGUUGAAAAUGGUGGCAGGUAAAGAAUGGAGGGAAAACAUCUGCCUGAAGAUGCAGGCAGUAGGUGGGAGGCCAGAGGGAGGAGCAGGUGAAUUCUAAAAACUGAAAUGGGUGGAUUCUGCUGUAGCAGAUGACAAAUCCAUCUCAUUGGUCAGCUGGAGCCAGGAAAUGGAAGGAUGUCUCCAGUGGCUGACAAUCUCUUAAGGGCAGGACAAGGGGGAGAAGUUCCUAGGGUUAAAAUCACAGGUCCACGGAGUAUCAAGAACUGAACUGGGGCUCUUGAAAUGAGUAGGAGGCAAUAGCGCAAUUGGACUUGUGACUUUGCAGCUACAGUAGCCAGGCCAAGUAGUGACUUACGACCCUGUGGGAUUGGGGCCGUUGCUUCUUGUUUGAACUAAACUGUCCUCCUCUGUCUAUUGGUAAUACAUGUACUGCUGUUUCAAUGUACAAAUGCCAACGUUCUGACAAAGUCUAAAUGAUAAAGCCAGAGAAGAUUUCCCUGCCAAUCCAGAAAAACCAAGGUGUUGAUUGUGUAUUGGUUUUUGUAAGCCUUUUUCUGGGAAACUUUCAUACUUUUUUUUUUUAAACUACGCAAUUUUUAUUUUUGCUAACACCCAGACUGUAACUUGUCAGAUGAUGUGUUAUUUACAAUAAAAUUUCUACUGCGUAAUGAUAGCCAAA